AUGUUUAUAUCUUAUAUAAUCGAUCAAGAAAUCCUUUUGUUUUUUGUUCUAUUGCAAUUUCGUUUUUUUACUGCUUUAACUUCUAGUACAUUUUUUCAGCCUGACGAAUAUUGGCAAUCUCUUGAACCAGCACAUCAAUUUGUAUAUGGAUACGGAUAUCUUACAUGGGAAUGGCGUGAGGGGAUAAGAGACGUGGUUCAUCCUGCUAUAUUUUCUGUAAUUUACUGGCUUUUAAAGUUAAUUAAAUGUGACUCUCCUUAUUUGAUAAUUAUUUGUCCAAAAUUGUUGCAAGCUAUAUUCACUGCAAUUUCUGAUUUUUAUACUGUAAAGUUUUCUAGGAAAUUAUAUGAUGAAAAAGUGUCUUUAUGGACAUUAUUUGUUUUUAUUACAUCUCCAUUUAGCGUUUUUUUUGGAUAUCGUAUCUUUUCUAAUGCUUUAGAAGCAGUUUUUAUAACUUGUGCAUUAUAUUAUUGGCCUUUGGAUUUUGAAAAAAAACAGAUGAAAAAUUUACGUCUUUCUUUUAUUUUUGUUUUUACUGCAUGCAUUUUAAGGCCGACAAAUAUAAUAGUAUGUGUAUUUUUAUUAGGAUAUUUACUUUUAAAUGGCGCUUUUAAAAUUAUUUUUGAUGCUUUUAUUAUAGGGUCGAUUUUAUUUUUAUUAGUUUUUUUAGUUAAUUUUUAUUAUUAUGGUAGAAUGACACUUCCUUUGCUUAAGUUUUUAAAGUUUAAUUUAAUUGAUGGUUUAUCUGUUUAUUAUGGAUCUUCUUCAUGGCAUUAUUAUUUUUCUCAAGGUUUACCUAUGCUUUUAUUUUUAUAUUUACCUUUUUGUCUUCAUGGUCUAUAUUUACAUAGAAACACGAUAUAUUUUUGGUUGAUUUCUGUUGUUUUUUUUUGUUAUUCAAUAGUUCGGCAUAAAGAAGUAAGAUUUAUAUACUUUUUAUCACCUUUAUUGUAUAUAUUUUCAGCUAAAUCAAUUUCACAAAUGCCAAAAUUUAUUUUAAAAAAGGUAAUUCCAUUAAUAUUAGUUAUUAAUGUCUUUGUCAUAUGGUAUAUUAAUCAUAUUCAUCAACGUGGAGUUAUAGAUGUUAUGAAAUAUAUUGCGGAUAAUUCGAAAAUAACUAGUGUUAUAUUUCUAAUGCCAUGUCAUUCUACACCGUGGCAGAGUUAUGUACAUAGAUCAGAUAUACGAAUGAAAUUUUUGACUUGUGAGCCGCCUAUAAAUUUACAUAAAAAUGAUAUUGCAGAAUAUAAAGAUGAAGCUCAGCAGUUUUAUGACAAUCCUUUUUUGUUUCUUCAAAGGCAUUUCGUGUAUGAAAAAAUAAAUUCUACAUUUCAGAAUGGUUUUUUUUGGCCUUCUCACUUUGUUUUUUUUGAAAAUUUUAUUUCAAUAAUUGGUAAUUAUAUUACUGUAGUAGGAUAUAGAGAGUGUGUUAGAUUUUUUAAUUCUCAUUUUAAUGAUGAUUGGAGACGUAGAGGUGAUGUUAUAGUAUAUUGUAAAGAAUGA